AUGGGUUAACAUCCACUCAUAUCCCGCCACGUGUCGUCCCUUUCGUUAAUUCCGUCUACAUAGACGCUCCGUCGCUAAUUUUGGUGUAUACCCUCGAGGGUCAAAACCAAGCAGAGAAAACAUAACGACUCAGAUUUCGAGAGAGAGAGAGAAUGUUCAUCGAGAGCUUCAAGGUCGAGAGCCCGAACGUGAAGUACACGGAGAAUGAGAUUCACUCCGUGUAUGAUUACGAGACGACGGAGCUCGUCCAUGAGAAGAUUAACGGUGCUUACCAGUGGAUUGUGAAGCCAAAGACUCUCAAAUACGAAUUCAAAACCGAUAUCCAUGUCCCAAAACUAGGGGUUAUGCUUGUGGGUUGGGGAGGAAACAACGGCUCCACCCUUACCGCCGGUGUGAUUGCCAACCGUGAAGGAAUUUCGUGGGCGACCAAGGACAAAGUGCAGCAGGCGAAUUACUUUGGGUCACUCACCCAAGCAUCCUCAAUUCGUGUCGGGUCGUAUAAAGGAGAAGAGAUCUAUGCCCCUUUCAAGAGCCUUCUUCCAAUGGUGAACCCGGACGAUGUUGUGUUCGGUGGAUGGGACAUCAGCGACAUGAACUUGGCAGACGCCAUGGCAAGGGCCAAGGUUCUUGACAUCGAUCUGCAGAAGCAACUCAGGCCUUACAUGGAGAACAUGGUCCCACUCCCAGGGAUCUUCGAUCCCGAUUUCAUUGCUGCCAAUCAAGGCUCACGUGCCAACAAUGUCAUCAAUGGCUCCAAGAAGGAACAAAUCGAUCAGAUCACCAAAGACAUCAGGGAGUUCAAGGAGAAGAACAAGGUUGACAAAGUUGUGGUCCUCUGGACAGCAAACACGGAGCGUUACAGCAAUGUGAUCACUGGGUUUAACGAUACAACGGAAAACCUCUUGGCUUCUGUGGACAAGAACGAGACUGAGAUCUCGCCUUCUACGCUAUACGCCAUUGCAUGUGUUUCCGAAGGUGUUCCUUUCAUCAACGGAAGCCCCCAGAACACCUUUGUUCCAGGUCUUAUCGAUAUGGCUAUCAGGAAGAACAGCUUGAUUGGUGGGGAUGACUUCAAGAGUGGACAGACCAAGAUGAAAUCUGUCUUGGUCGAUUUCCUCGUUGGUGCUGGAAUCAAGCCUACAUCGAUUGUGAGCUACAACCAUCUGGGGAACAACGACGGGAUGAACCUCUCAGCUCCACAGACGUUCCGAUCCAAGGAGAUCUCGAAGAGCAAUGUCGUGGAUGACAUGGUUGCCAGUAAUGGCAUCCUCUACGAGCCCGGUGAACAUCCCGACCACGUAGUUGUCAUCAAGUAUGUGCCGUACGUAGCAGAUAGCAAGAGGGCGAUGGAUGAGUACACGUCGGAGAUAUUCAUGGGCGGACAGAGCACGAUAGUAAUGCACAACACUUGCGAGGACUCUCUCUUGGCUGCUCCCAUUAUAUUGGAUCUUGUUCUUCUCGCUGAGCUCAGCACCAGGAUCCGCCUCAAAUCCCAAUCAGAGGGAAAGUUCCAUUCUUUCCAUCCAGUGGCCACCAUCCUCAGCUACCUCAGCAAGGCACCACUCGUGCCACCAGGGACACCGGUGGUGAACGCGUUGUCGAAGCAGAGAGCGAUGCUUGAGAAUAUAAUGAGGGCUUGUGUCGGGCUCUCGCCUGAAAACAACAUGAUCUUAGAAUACAAGUGAAAACACCGACCAACCAUGAUCUCAUGUCCAUGAAGAACACAGCCUCUACUGAUUCAAGUGUUCUGUCAAUUUUUUUUUUAUUUAAAAAAACUCUAUAAUUUACAUAACUGAGUUCGUGAUUGAAGAAAUGCUUACGCGAAAUUGUGUUGUAAGGAAUAUGCGGUCUCUUGCUCUUCUCUUUUUUUUGCGAUUUUUUAUAAACUUUGUCAUUUAUGUAAAAUAAUGUUAUUAGUGUGAUUUUUGUAUCCAAAUAUAAUUACAAUUAUCGACUGUAUGUUUCUGUA